CCAUUGAUUCGUCCUUGUUCAAGCAGUGGUUGAAGAACGCCGAAAGUAAGACCGGGAUUUUUUCCGGCGGUGAACUUUCGCUGGAACGAGUUGUAAUUCAGGGAGUGGAUAUGUUUGGAAAGCGCAUAGGUUUUCUCAAAUUCAAAGCUGACAUUUUUGACAAAGAAACUGGAAAAAAGGUUCCAGGUAUUGUAUUUGCCCGAGGACCGGCUGUAGCCAUACUAAUUCUUUUAGAAUCGGAGGGAGAGACUUAUGCUGUUCUCACUGAACAGUAUUAUGGUAGAGAGUACCAGCAGUCAUAUGAUUUGAAGGCUUGGUACCAAACAUUCUUGCCCUCCACAACUCCUACCAUCGCCACCACAAGAUCUUCACAUUAUCCACGCUUGGUUCACGCGUACAAGAAUGUCGUCAGUGGCUUCGCUGCGAGAUUGACGGCGGACGAAGUGAAAGCCAUGGAGAAGAAGGACGGCUUUGUGUCGGCUCGUGAAGAGAAGAUCUACUCUUUACACACAACUCACACGCCUAAGUUCUUGGGGUUGUUCCAAGGAUUAGGACUGUGGAAUGAUUCGAGAUUAGGGGAAGGGGUGAUCGUCGGACUUCUCGACACCGGAAUUUGGCCGGACCAUCCCUCGUUCAGCGAUGAGGGGUUGCCGCCUCCGCCGGCAAAGUGGCGAGGCAAGUGCGAUUUCACUGGAACAGAGUGUAACAACAAGCUGAUUGGUGCAAGGGACUUUGUGACUAGUACUAAAAGUACUGGUACAAAAUCGCCUAGUGGUCAGCCACCGUUUGACCUUGAAGGCCAUGGCACACACACGUCGAGCACCGCCGCCGGGAACUUUGUUUCCGGCGCCAAUGCCUUUGGAAUGGCCAAUGGCACAGCGGCCGGUAUUGCGCCCCGUGCGCACCUCGCCAUGUACAGGGUUUGCGCUGAGGGCUGCAGCGAGGCCGACAUAUUGGCGGCCCUCGAUGCAGCCAUCGAGGACGGCGUCGACGUCCUAUCGCUCUCCCUCGGCGGCGGCUCCGCUCCAUUCUACUUCGACUCCAUCGCCAUCGGGGCCUUCGCCGCCAUCCAAAAGGGCAUCAUCGUCAGCUGCUCAGCCGGGAAUGAAGGUCCGGACUACUUCACUUUAUCAAACGAAGCUCCAUGGAUCCUCACCGUCGGAGCCAGCACCGUUGACAGAAAAAUAAAGGCCGACGCGAUUCUCGGCAACGGAGAAGUCCUCGAAGGAGAGUCGCUUAACCAGCUGGCGCCCUUCGACUCCUCAAAGCCGUACCCGCUCAUCUACCCCGGCGCGAGCGGCAACGAGUCCGUCAAGUAUUGCGCGCCGGGGUCGCUUCAAAGCCUCGACGUAAAAGGGAAGAUUGUGGCAUGCGAUAGAGGAGGAGGCAUCGCUAGAAUCGACAAGGGUACUGAAGUAAAGAGCGCAGGAGGUAUCGCCAUGAUUCUCAUGAACGAGAAGAUAGAUGGUUUCAGUACUUUAGCAGACGCUCACGUGCUCCCCGCAACGCACGUGAGCUUCGCGGCUUCUCUGAAGAUCAAAGCCUACAUAAAGUCUUCUUCGAGUCCCCUAGCCACGAUCCUUUUCAAAGGGACCGUGAUCGGGGACUCGCACGCCCCGGUGGUGACGUCGUUCUCGUCGCGAGGACCGAGCGAGGCGAGCAUAGGGAUUUUGAAGCCGGACAUCAUCGGCCCCGGCGUCAGCAUCCUCGCGGCCUGGCCGGUUUCCGUGGAUAACUCUACAACAAGCGGAAAAGCAACCUUCAACAUGAUCUCAGGCACUUCAAUGUCUUGCCCUCAUCUUAGCGGGGUCGCGGCUUUGCUCAAGAGCUCGCACCCCGAGUGGUCCCCGGCCACGAUCAAGUCCGCAAUCUUAACCACCGCCGACGUGUCAAACCUCGGCGGCGGGGCUAUCCUCGACGAAAAGGCCUCCCCAGCCGACGUUUUCGCGACCGGGGCGGGACAUGUCAACCCUUCAAAGGCCAACAAUCCGGGCCUAAUCUACGACAUAGAGCCAGAAGACUACAUUCCUUACUUGUGUGGACUAAACUACACGGAUGAUCAAGUCUCGACCAUCACACAAACGACAGUGAAGUGCUCUGAGGUGCAAUCCAUACCCGAAUCGCAGCUGAACUACCCUACUUUUACUGUCCUUUUGGGGAAUGAGAGAUUGAGUUAUACGAGGACGGUGACUAACGUUGGAGAGGCUAACUCGGAGUAUACUUUGGAUGUUUAUCCACCUGUGGGAACAGGAAUAAAUGUGACUCCUAAUAAGCUUACAUUCACAGAGGUGAAUCAGAAGGCUGAAUAUAAGAUUGAGAUUAUCCAAGUGAGUGGUCCUGGGAGGAGUACUAAUCCCUUUGAGCAGGGUUAUUUGGUGUGGAAAUCUGAUAAGUAUUCCGUUAGAAGCCAGAUAACUGCUAUAUUUGCCGUCUAG